AUGAAGCGUGUUGUUGUUCCUGUGUGGCGUGACCCCGCGGAGAAGCCCGGACGAGCCCUGGACAAGCAUCCGACGACCGACGACGACCUAGAUGUUUAUAAUCCCCAGCGCCGCAAAUGGGCUCUAUCAAAGCCAGUCUACGGAAAGCCUGUUCGAAUUUUUGCUUGUAGUUCCACCAAAGUUCCACUGGGGGCAAUAGUCGGCGUGCAAAAUGAAUGGGAGUUCAGAACCCGGAAGUUUAAUCGGUACAACCUGUCAUGCUCGAGGAAUAUAUGCUAUCCAUUAGUAACUGUAUUCAGUAAUCAAACGCGAUCGAAGCGCUAUGCAGACAGCUGUUCUUUCCACGUGAAAAAAGCAUCGCAUAUUACACAGGACGAUCUGCUCUCGCGCAUCCCGGUUGAGAAACUGAAGAUAACAUACAGUCGGAGCAGCGGACCAGGCGGUCAACAUGUCAACAAGGUCAAUACGAAAGCAGAGGUGCGUUUCCAUGUGCAGACAGCAGAAUGGAUUACAGAAGAAGUUAGGAGAGAGAUUCUUCUGAAGAAUACAACUCGUGUCAACAAAGCAGGAGAGUUAAUUGUGACCUCAGAGAUGAGCAGAAGCCAGCAGAGGAAUCUUGAAGACUGUCUCCAGAAGAUCUCCGAGAUGAUCACUGAAGCCAGUCGACAGAAACCAGAACCGUCAGUGGAGGAUCUCGCUCUCAGAGCUCACAGAUUAGAUAAAAGAAAUUUGGAAAGACUCAAACAGAAGAAGAUACAUGCUGCAACAAAACAAGGGCGACGAGUCGACUAUGACUGAGCCCAAAAUACUGUAUUAUUACAUUUGUUCUGUAUUCAUGUUUUUAUUAAAAAAUCACAAAAUAUCACACUGUAAAGUGGUGUUUAUUUUGCUGUAUGUAAUGCAUAGCAUAUACUUAAUUAUAUGUCACAUUACUUUAUAAAGAAAAAUCUGAAAAUUAAAGAUUUGAUAAAAUAAAUCAAA